AUGGCUGCUGCAAGGCGGAGAAAGAUCGGCCAUCGCCGCAGAGUCGAGGACGAGGGCGACGAUGAUGGCGGCCCGGAAGGCCUCGAACUCGACGAUGACUCGAUGACCGACGGAUCGUCAGGAACCGACGAUGGAGAUGCCUCCGAGGAUAGCGAUACCAGUAACAUUGAUGAGAUGUCACCGACCGGCCCGGACGCUCGAAAGACCACGAACGGAGUUCCUAAAACGACCACCCGCACAUCGGCCGUCAAGAACAACGCCCAACCGGAGAAGAAGGCUGUCACGGAUACGGAGAUGAUGCUGAAUGGCCUCACCAUCGCGGACGAUGCCGCCCCUGCUGAGGAUCUUCACUUCGACGAGGUCUCGACGGCAGCGCCUCAGGCGCCAUCGGCGCCAGUGGUCGUCAGCUCCGCAUCCGCCGCUCGCCCGCCCGCCGAGUCGUCUGAGAAUCGCCGCCGCCAGGAGCAUGAUAAUUACAGGCGGAAAAGGGAUGAGGACCCAGCCUUUGUGCCCAAUCGGGGAUCCUUCUUCAUGCAUGACCAUCGCCAUGCUGGCCCUGCUGCGAAUGGGUUCCGACCUUUCGGUAGGGGUCGAGGUCGGGGAGGCUUCGGUGGUGGUGUCGGGGGACCGUUUUCUCCAAUGAAUUCGAUGCACCGCCCGAAUGACCCUACGACUAAUUCUCAGUGGACUCAUGAUAUGCAUGAAACAGUCGUCGAGCCGACAAGAACCCGGCACCGACAAAUAGAUAACAGCGAAGGCCCGGCGAACGGCAAUGGCUUCAUUCCCACUCGCGAACCGAACCCAACACCGAUCAAUCGCACACUCUCUACGGAGAAGCACAUAGGAAAUGCCCAGAUUCGAGUCUUCCUACCGGAGAUGAAGGGGCCCGUCGUCAAGCCGGGUGUUGCCGUCAAGCAAUACACCAAGCUCCCCGAUCACCGACCGCCUCUACGACGAGACAAGCCCGUUCGAAUUUCCCUUCCUCAGCGCCCACCUCGAUACAUUUACCCCGCUGUUGAUAGGUCCUUCGUCUUCAUCCCUCGUGCCAUGCGACCUAACCAGCAACGCACGCGUGGAGGAAAACCCCGUUCCGGAUAUGGUUCUGUCGGGGGCUUUUCAAGGCGGACGAGUGUCUUUGGUGGUAGCUACUAUGGUAGCAUGUAUUCCCCGAGCAUCGCUAUGAGCAGGAGGUCGUCCAUUGGGUAUGACCGUGAGAGUACAUUCUCGCCUGCGGGAUCUGUCAUGUCUCGCGCUGCUAUGCCUGUCGAUAACCCAAGGCCGGUUGUCCGCUUGCCUCCGGCUCCACGCCCAGAUGUGCUGGCCACAGGGCUCGUUGACGUUUCUGGACCACCGGCUCUCCAAGUUCCUAUUGUCAACAACAUGGUACCACCACCGCAGCCCCCUAUGCAAGAAAACCGUCCCACCGAUAUUCCUAUUCAUCAGCCUCGUCCUAAGAAAAAUAUCUCUGUAGCGGAUAUAGAGUCACCCGCUCUCGCACAGGGGCCUCAGGCCUUCCAACAACCAUUCCAUCAACAAAUGCCUGUUCAAGUAUCCAACGGGUACCAGAAGGAAACACACUCCCGCCAACCUUCGCACUUGUCUCAUCCCUCGGUCGGAACUCCUUUGUCUCAGAUCCCAGAGCGAGCCAUUCAUGCUGCCCCGUUUCAGCCAAACGUCUAUGGACAGCCUCAAUAUUACAACCACCAACCUUACCAGGGCCAGGCCCAGCAGCCGUACUUUUACCCUCAGGGUGGCUAUUCCACACCCAGCAUGCCUGGCCAAGCUCCUGUGCCUCAAUACGUUGGCGCCGGACAGCAGCCGCCUCCCAGUGGCUUUCCACCCCAAAACCAACUUGGUCAGAUGCCUGGCCUCCCCGUUGGUCCCGGGCCAGCUCCGCCUGCCAAUAACCUCGUUGCCCAAGAGGCCAAUGGUAUGGUCUACUAUUACGACGCCUCACAAAUUCCUCCGAUUCCUCAAAUGAAUACAUACCAACCCUAUCCGACCCCCCAAAAUUAUCAACCUGGAGUCAUGGGCAUGGGCGGCAUGGUAACGCCAAGCCCAGAUGGCUACUACUACCCCCAACCAGCGCCAGGUAUGGUUUACUAUUCUCAAUAA